AUGGAUUCCGAGAAGAUAAAACAAGAUUGUUUAAAAACUGCAGCUGAAGAUAAUGGAGAGAAAGAAAAAGAAGACGAACCAAUAAAAAGUUUGAAAAUUGGAAUUGACCACCUAAUAUAUGACGAUGAUGAAGAAAUUAACAUACAAUGUGGAAGAAUUGGUGAAAUUGAGAAUUUAUCAAAAUGCAAGAAACUAAAAUCACUGAUUUUGAUUUCUAAUCAUAUAAGAAAAAUCAAGAAUCUUGAAGAAUUGAUAGAAUUAAGAGUUUUGGAGCUUUAUCAGAAUAAAAUAAGAAAAAUUGAAAAUUUGGAGAAAUUAGUCAAUUUGGAGGUUUUAGAUUUGUCGUUCAAUCGUAUAAAAAAGCUAGAGAAUCUUGAUCAUCAAAGAAAACUUAAGAAACUUUUUCUUACAAAUAACAAGAUAAAAACUAUUCAAGGAUUAAAUAAUAACAAAGAAUUGAGAUUACUGGAACUGGGAAGCAAUGAUAUUAGGAUAAUUGAGAAUAUUCAUCAUUUGAGUGACCUGGAAGAGCUUUGGCUUGGGAAAAAUAAAAUCACCACUUUGGAUGACAUUCCUUUAUUUCAAAAUAUCAAAAUCAUAAGUUUACAGAGUAAUCGUAUUUUAGAUUGGUCUAUUAAUUUUCAAAAAAAUGUUAAUAAUGUUCAAGAAUUAUAUUUAAGUGAUAAUCAGUUAAAUAACCCAAACAGAGAUUACUUUUCCUUUUUUAAAAAUUUAAAAGUCUUGGAUUUGGGUGGAAACAAGAUUAAUAACUUAGAAGCAAUUUCUAAGAUUGAAUCUUUAGAAGAACUUUGGAUUAAUGAUAAUGAAAUUGGUGAUAUUAAGCAGCUUGAACUUUUGAGAAAUUUAAAGAACCUUCAAACUUUGUAUUUGGAAAGAAAUCCAAUUCAAAACCAACUAGGUCCUUCAUAUAGACUAACUGUUAUCAAAAUUCUACCUUGGAUUACUCAAUUAGAUGCAAUCCCAAUUAAUCGAAGUGGUGAGAUACACUUUAUUCAGACUUCUUAA